AUGUCUGUUUCUGAGCCACAGUCUUUGUUCCUGAGGUUACCUCCCGAAUUGAGGCUUGACAUCUACAGGGAACUCCUCCUUCACGAUCCGAAUUGCACCUUUGCAAGCUCCAAGCCUGCUCUGCUCCCAACCUCGGUAGACUACCAUGAAGGCCAUCACACCGCAUCGAACCAUGUAGAGCCAAACGCUGUCACUCUCUCCAUCCGUGCCGAAGACCCAUCCAGCUACAAAUCGCGUGCUCCUGAACAUGUACGCAGCGCCUUUNUUGUCCGCUCCGGCGGCCUACGGCCUGGCUGCGUGCCUACGACCUACUUCUGCGUCAGUAAUAUGGGCAUCCACACAUCCCUACUGCGAGCGAACGCCAGAAUCCACGCCGAAGCUGUCGAAGUCUUGUACUCGAACCACGUCUUCGACUUCGACAUGCACAUCGAGGCUUUCGUCGGCUUCCUAGGAGAUCUGACUCCUUUCGCUCGCAAUUGUAUACGAUCGAUACGUCUGGUAAAACGCGCCUUGCCGUACGAUAAAGAAUAUUCGAAAGCAGAAUGGGCCAUUGCUAUGGGGUGGUGCGCAAGACUUCCCAAUCUGAGGUCGUUAUCGCUAGGCAUUGUCGCUGGAAAGCCAGGUCCAGACGGCUGGGAUCUGAUUCCUGCUUUCAGACCGGAACACUUCGAUAUACUCAGGGGCACGGAUGGCAUGGAGUGGAUCGAAGAGCUCCUUGCUGUGAAGGGACUAGAUCACGUUGCAGUCGAGCCCAUCGUCGUGCAUAGCCCGUUCCCUAGAAGCGCAGCGAUGGCACGUUACAUCCAGUUCUCGGCGAGUAUCGACGAUGGAUCCNUUGAAGUCUGGUUGAAGGACAACAUGAUUAAGAGGGAGUAA